CCUCCUCCGGGGCAGGGCUGCUGCCCCUUCGGCUCCGGGCACAAUGGAGCCGGGCAAUCCCUCGCCGCGCGAGGCUCAGAAAUGCAAAUCGCCGCCGCCGCUGCUGCUGCCGCCUGCGGCUCCGUACAAUGGAAGGGAGGGAGCGAGAGAGAGAGAAAGGGAGGGAGGAAGGAAGAGAGAGAGAGAGAGAGAGAGAGAAGGCGAGGAGGAGGAGAGGGGGGAGCCCCAUUGGCGGGGAGGUUCGCUCGCUCGCUCGCCCCGGCCCAGCCCCGGCGACGACGACGAGGAGGAGGAGGAAGAGGAGGGCGACGCGGCGGGUCCCCGGAGCGCCCCUGCCUGCCUUCCUUCCUUCCUCCCCUUCCUUUCCCUUCCUCCUCCUCCUCCGCCUCGCCGCGCGCCUCGCUCAUGCUCCCACCUUACUACCGGUCCAGUGUGACGUGCCGGGUGUCAUCCCACUGGCUGCCCUUUUCUCCCUCAACAACUGAAGCAUGUGAUCAGGAGCACCAUGGAGGGUACAGAUUACCAGUUGCCUUCUGCCAGCCCAUCUGGGGUGGCCCUUCCUUCCCCCUCCUCCUCCUCCUCCUGCGAUGGAGCUGAGACUCUGGCUUUCAAUGGAGAGCUGGACCUCCAACGCUACUCCAACGGGCCGGGAGGUCCUGGGAGCGAAUCCCGACCUUACCCUUGCCCCAUCUGUGGCAAGAGAUUCCGCUUCAACAGCAUCCUGGCCCUGCACACACGCAUCCACACCAGCGCCUACCCUCUCACCUGCCCCUACUGUGGCUUUCGAGCAGGGCAGCGGGCCAGCCUCCGCCUUCACCUCCGUUCGCACUGCCCUGAGGCUCGUGCCCGGCUCAGCCACCAGAGCCGCCUGCUCCUCGAGUUGGAAGAGCGGGCACUUCUGCGGGGGCAAGAGGAAGAGGAGGGGAAAGAAGAGGAGGAGGAAGAGGAAGAGGAGGAAGAAGAGGAGGAAGAAGAGGAGGAGGAGGAGGAGGAGGAAGAGGAACCAGUUGUUCCUGUCCCACCCCCACCCCAGCCCAUCUUCCGCUGCCCGUUCUGUAAGGGCAAGUUCCGUACUGCUGCUGAACGCGAGCGCCACCUCCGCAUCCUCCACCAGCCGUACAAGUGUGGGCAAUGCCCUUUUGCUGCCGCCCAGGAGGCAGAACUACAGUGGCACCACCAGCAGGCCCACAACAUCAUUGCUGCAAAGCCGCCCACCCCUCCUGCCCCUGUCCGCGCCCCAGCCAAAGCCUCCUCUGCCGCUAAGGCCUCUGCUUCUACCACGCCUUCUGCCUCCGCUCCCAAUGAGUUCCGCUGCCAGGUUUGUGGACAAGCCUUCACCCAGUCCUGGUUUCUUAAGGGCCACAUGCGGAAGCAUAAAGACUCCUUUGACCACAAGUGCCAGGUGUGCGGGCGCGGCUUCAAGGAGCCGUGGUUCCUCAAAAACCAUAUGAAAGUUCAUCUCAGCAAGUUGGGCCUCCAGAGCGAACAAAGAGGGCUGGGGGCCAGCCGGUCAGCACAAAGCUUACUGGUGGGUUGUGAAGCCCUAUAUCCUUCCCUUCUCUCUCCUCGGCCCACAGACAAAGCUGGUACCAGCAAUUUCUUGGGCUACGGUGACGCCAGCUGUGCCGAGCGCCUGCAGGCCACAGCGCGGGCAGUGGAGAGUGGUCAGCAGUGGAGGGAGCGUCCUUAUGCAUCUGGGUCCAAGCUUGUUAGAGACCCAGGAGGGUCCCAUCGCUGUCCGGACUGCAGCCGGACCUUCAGCACAUUCCAGCAGAUGGCCUUGCAUCGUCAAAGCCACAUGUCUCAAGAGAGAGAAUGGAGCAAGGGACAGUCUCUCGGUUCCCAUCUUCUCACAGGACACUGGCUCCCCACUAAUGUGAGAAGCUCCACUGCAGCUAAUGUCAGCCCAUCUCUGCUGACCCAGGAGGAAAAGGACAUGCAGGGGCAGUCACGCCUGGAUGGAUCCCGCCGAGGCACUGGGAAAGACUGUCCAUUCUGUGGAAAGUCCUUUAGAUCCUCCCACCAUCUCAAGGUGCACCUCCGUGUCCACACAGGAGAGCGCCCAUAUAAAUGCCCACACUGUGACUAUGCUGGCACCCAAUCUGGUUCUCUGAAGUACCACAUGCAGCGCCACCACCGAGAGCAGAAGAGUGCGGCUGCUGCAGCAGCGGCGGCGGCAGCAGCGGCGGCAGCUGCAGGAACACUGGAACGGUGCCACAUCCCCCUCACUCCCACUGCAGUCCCUUCUUUUUCCCCUACGCAGCUCCCCAAGGACCAUGAUCCUUUCCUAUCUCUGGGGGGCUUGGGUGCAGCUCGGUCCCGUCCAUCCCGCCGCAAGUCGUUGCUCAAUGGAAAGGCCGAUUUCCAACCCUUGGACCUGUCGCUGCGCCCAACCCUGGCAGGAGGAUCCCUCCACCGCUGCCAGUUCUGCCCCUUUGCCACCUCAGCUCCUGAGCUCAUGGAGCUGCACCUUCAGGUCCACCACAGUCGGAAAGCCCGUACCCGCCGCUGCUCUCAUACGGCCCCUAAACCCCGGGCUAUGGCAGAGGAUGAGAUGUUUGAUACCCAGAGUCCCCAGCAGAAAGGUCUUGAGUCCCUCAGUCCAGAAGAGGAGAGCACCAAACCCCAGACCUUCUGGCAUUCAGAAGAACAAGGAGACUCUCCCAGGCCUGAUAUGCCUCGAGGGAAGCAGACUCCCAAUGAAGCAAGUUCUCCUGGAAUGCCACCAGCGCAGCAUAGCUGGGAGACCAUGUCACAAAACUCCGAGGAGCCAAGACCCGAGGAGGAAUUGUCUGACCCUGUGGUCCAAAAGGGACCGCACCAGGAAACAUCUAAGACAGGCCAAGGCCUUAUGGAAUUGCAGUUGGAGCCAGUACAGGCUUGAGUAUGUCUACUCUGCAUAUAUAAACCAGUUUCGAACCUGUUUAACUGUCAUGACAACUCCCAUCCAAGGGACCUUGGGAACAGUAGCAUUUUCUACGAUAUGGCACUCUUUUACAACCAGUUCUUCAGAGCCCUAACAAAACUACGAUUCCCAGGGUAAGGGCCUUGGAGAGCCUAUAGUUUAGUGGUAGAGCACAUGCUUUGCAUGCAUUAAUGUUCCAGGUUUAAUGCUUUGUACCUCUAGCUAAAAGAGAACAGGUCUCAGAGAGUCCACUACUGGUGGAUGGACAUAUCCUGUCAAUACAGACAGACUGGGGCUAGGUGGCUCAAGAAAAGUUUUGAAAGAAAGUUAAACCAGUUUCAGAUCUGUGAAUAUUUGUAGCAUAUGUGCAGUGAUCAGGAGAGGCAGCUCAUCAGAUGCCUUCCAGAGUGUCAUGCAUCCCUCUGUGAGAGGCGUUGAGGUAGAAGGUGGUGGGGUUGUUGUUGAAACAGGUUCCUGUCUUAAACAGCAAGGCAGAAAUCCAAAGGUACUGGUGUUGUCUGACAUGCAUCUGUUAGCAGCAUAGAAACCCUACCUGGAAAAGAAAAAAAGUGCCAACCCUGGGUGAUAUAAGAGAAGCUGGGGUAUGGAACCGGGCUGUGAUGCUGUAGCAAUCCUUUGAUUUAUUAUUUUUUUUAGUCAAACAGGGUUUGGGGGUGAUGCGAUUGGGUACAUUGGAUUCCGACCCCUUGUUUUCUUCUCAGUCCUGGGCUUGAUGCUGCUCCCUUUUUGGUGCCGUUGUCCAAUCUUGCUGUUGGCAUAAGUGAUGCCCUCCCUGUGGGCGACAACUUCUGGGGCACACCUUGAAAACGUUUUGUAUGCGAGGAACAUUUCUGCAGGUGCAUCUUUUCCCUCCAUAUUGCUGCUACGGUAGGAGAAGCUGAACCCUUCGGAGUCUUCCUGGACCAAUUCCUAACAACCCAGGAGCCGUGUUCCCUAUUCAGCCUGUUUUUUUUCCCUAUCAAGUGCCACGGAGGCAGCGCCAAGCACACCAGGCCCGAGGGGACUUCAAGUACCUACGAUGGGGACUUCAAGUACCUACAAAUGGGGCCUUGACUCCAUAGUAACCGCGUGCCGCAGUCUCUUGUGUGCGUAGCAAGCGGCCCAGUGCCAGUAUCUUUUCUCUUUGUAGUGAUCCAGCGACAGAGCUUUGUUUCUGUAGUGACCUGGCAUGUCAGGGAGCUUGACGACUUCUAGAGUUUUCUAUUUUUUUAUUGUUUUCUUGUAGAAAAAAAAAUUGAAACUGGAAAUAAAAAUAAGACGAGAAAUGA